AUGGGAACAUCGUGGUCAAGUAAUGCAGAGUUACAGAAUUAUUACGAACAACAGGCACUGGAGCAGGUAGCUCUGCAAAAUGUUUUGUUAGAGCAUAAAAGAGCUUUAGAGUUAGCGAACACACGAAAACUUAUCUCCAGCCAACAUAUGACUGCUUUGUUGGUCGUCUCACUGAUGUUAGUAAGUCAGAAAAUGAAGCAAUCACAUUUGUACAUUCUGCCAGUUGUUCCAUUUGUUAUUGGUCUUUUUCAUAAUUUUGACCAACAGCGGGAUGUAACGUUGGAUACCAUAAAAGAAAAUGCAGAGAAGUUGCGUCGAGAAAAUCGUCGUUUAUUUGAACCCAUUGGUGGUCCCAUAACCCUGGAUGAGCUUGACAGACGUAUUAAUCGUGCAAAAUAUCACAAAGAAAAAGAAUCCGAUGAAGCCAAUUAA